CAAGGCGCCAACUACAAGCAUCUCCCAAGUCGCCACCUACGUGCAACUCACAAGGCGCCAGCUACAAGCAUCUCCCAAGUCGCCACCUACGUGCAACUCACAUGGCGCCAGCUACAAGCAUCUCACAAGUCGCCACCUACGUGCAACUCACACGGCGCCAGCUACAAGCAUCUCCCAAGUCGCCACCUACGUGCAACUCACACGGCGCCAGCUACAAGCAUCUCCCAAGUCGCCACCUACGUGCAACUCACAAGGCGCCAGCUACAAGCAUCUCCCAAGUCGCCACCUACGUGCAACUCACAAGGCGCCAGCUACAAGCAUCUCCCAAGUCGCCACCUACGUGCAACUCACACGGCGCCAGCUACAAGCAUCUCACAAGUCGCCACCUACGUGCAACUCACAAGGCGCCAUCUACAAGCCUCGAGCACACCGGCUAUAAGCAACUCUACAGGCGUCCAGCCUACAAGCCUCGAGCACACCAGCUACAAGCCUACAGGCUCUACAGCCUACAAGCCUCGAGCACACCAGCUUCAAGCAACUCUACAGGCGUCAAGCCUACAAGCCCCGAGCACACCCACAGGCCUACGCAGCCGUACGCGAGGGCCACAAUCUACAAGCCGCUCCCCCGCUUCAAGCCAGCACUGCUACGAACCCUGCAAGCCACUCCACGAUACGGCAGAGGUAUUCACACCUGCAACGAGGAGGCACGCCCCGCUGACCUUGGGACACCCCGCAUGCCCCUCGCUCCACAGCUGGCGGCACCACCGCCGCUGCCGGGAGCAUCGGCCCAAACCUCUUCCGGCAAACAGUCAGCAAGGGUACCCGCGGACAUCUCCCGGUGACUGCAAGCUGUUCCCACUACCGUUUCUUGCAAGGCGUCUUCUCAAGAGGUUACACACCCAAGUCGUCUUGUCUGCCACCGCCGCCCAUCUCUUCCUAUACCAAGGACGACGCGGCCAUCAUACGUCUGGCGGCUGUGUACCAGCUCCCAGCCGCGCACCGCGGCCGCUCAUUUUGCUGGGUCAGCAGUUUUUCAACCUCCAUUGCGAGUCCUCCGAUGUCAGCCCAUCCCUCACCUCUCACCGCCGCUGUGGCCGCGGCCGAGGUUUCCUGACGCGCCUACAACGACUGCACGUCACCCAGGGCAUCACAGGCCGUCGCCCUCUCCACUACAUCAGCUGAUUAAUCUUGGCCGCAGAAUUCGUUCACCCCCGGGUUCGUCUGCAUACUUACAACCCACUCAAGGUUCAAGAACACCCUCACCAUCAACCCCUCGCCACAGCAGCAGCAUUGCAAGCACAAAGUAAGGCAUCUCUCACAUGUAGUUUUUGCAAACAAUCAGGACAUUCUGAACAUUCUUGUUUCGCGAAACGUAGGGAAUCAACACAUUCGAGACGGGGCUCAGAUAGGAGGUCAGGAGGUUACAGGGGCGGGCAUCAUUCAUCACACAGGAACCCUAGGCCAAACCAUCAGCGGAAGGCUGCCUUUUGCCAUAUCCACGGGAAUUGUUUUCAUGAUUCAGACAGUUGUUCUGCAAUACAAAAGGCCAAGGAGGAACAGAAGUACAAGUCCUCAGCGGACAGUAAACCACACUCCUCUUCUCAGAAUAAAAAGACAUGACUUCGUGACAGCCCCGAGGCGUACAUCCAAGUGUCCCUUAAGGAAAAUACUAAUUGGGAGCAACUUGACUCCGUCAUUGCCGACUUGGGACGGACAAGCAUAAUUGCCCUCCCUUGCAAGGUGGGCAACACUUCACUCACCUUAGCGGUUGACACAGGUGCCACAGUCAAUGUCAUAUCCGACUCCGCUUACAGGUCACUGACACGACAAGCGAGUGGGGAAAAUUGGCCGCUCCAAGAGAACGACCUGAAUGUGGUAGGCGUGACGGGCACCACUUUGGGUAUCCUUGGGCGAGUACCACUAACAGUCAGCUUACAUGAAAAAGUAUGUCCUUUUCGGGAUUUCUUUUAUGUCUCUAGCAGGUUUGCUUUACCUGUGGAUGGGAUCUUAGGAUUGAACGCCAUGAAAGACCUGCACAUCGCCAUAAAUCCUGUAAGCAACGCGAUCGUGUAUCAAGGCCGACGCAUACAGGGGAUGGUCAAUCCAUCGCCUCUGUCAACUGUAAUCUCACCCUCAGAGGUGGAAAAUGACCAACCCACCACAGACUCAGGGGCUGCCACCGCCCAAGUGUCCCCUCUUACGGUCAAACCACACGAAACCAUUGCAGACUUGUGGCGGACAGUAACGGCAGUCGUAGAAGGUCCUCAUAUAGUUCCGGAUCGUGCUGCAAAACUUGUUAAAAUCCGUUUGC